AUGCACCAAUUUUUUCGUCAACUUUUACUGAAAUGUUCGAAUUUUUCACAAGCUCAGCAAGAACUAAAAUGGCUCGCUCUUUAUGUUUUAGAAAAAAGUCGAAAGAACGGCGAUAUGAUAACAGAUCAAUGGUGCAUAGCCCUAUCGUUAGCUCACUUGCUUCCGCCGAAUACCUGCCACAUUUAUGGCAUUGAUAAUUCGUCCGAUGCACUUUCGUUGGCAGACCUGAAUCUCGAAGUUCUAAAUAGAAAAAAAAUACUUAGAAAUCAUGUUGAGUUCUUAAAAUUUGAUAUUCUAGAAGCAUCGAUUAAAGAAGUCAAAUCGUUUGUGCGAGAAAUAAAAUAUAAUUGCGAUGAAGAGAAAGGUGAGGGAUUCGACUUAAUCGUUUCAAACCCACCGUAUAUUGCUCGAAAUGAAUAUGCCACUUUAGAUGCUGAUGUAAGAUUGUGGGAAGAUGAAUUCGCGUUGGUAGCAGAUGAUAAUGGAACGGCUUUUCACAAUCGAAUCACGUACUUGGCAUCCAGAUACCUGCUAAGAAGGAAGAAUUAUUUACCAGAUGACUAUCACAUUAAGGGUGAGAGAAUCAUAUCUCAGCAUAAUGUAAUUAAAGACAUGUAUGAUGAGAUGUCUCGAAUGAGCAUUCCUCAAAUAGUAAUGGAAAUUGGCGGCGGACAUCAAGUGGAAAAGGUUACAAAUGAUUUAAAAAAACAUGGAUUUAGACGGACAGAAAUUUGGACCGAUGCUGCGAACAAGGAAAGUUGUUACUAA